AUGAUCAGCCGAAGAGGUAUUGAAGCUAACCCAGAGAAGAUUCAAACCAUCCUAGACAUGAAGAUACCCAAGACGGUCACUGAUCAUUGCACCCCAUUCUUCAAGGCACCUAAGGGCAACAAGCGAAACAUCACUUGGACUGCCGAAUGUGACAAGGCUUUCAGCGAGCUCAAGGAGUACAUGAGCCGAGCCCCUUUAUUGUCAACUCCUGAGCCUGGGGACGUCCUCACCAUCUAUCUCUCUGUCUCAGCCACGGCGGUUAGCUCAGUACUCAUCCGACCACACGAAGGUGCUGAACAUCUGGUGCACUAUGUGAGCAAGGGAUUGUAA